AUGCGCAGCGUGAUAUGGGUCGCAGCUGGUACUCACAGCCGCGCGUCUAUAGGGUAUGAGUUCAGCAGUCAGACGACUAAUGGUCGUAGCGGCUAUGGCGCAUUCGCAAAGUCCGGGGUUCAGAGCGCCUUGCUAAAGCAGAGAGGUGAGGUGUGCACUUCUUUGAUGAGGAAGGGACAUGACCAUCGGCUGGCAAUCCUUCCAAAGGCUGCCUCCAAGGGCUUCGGAAUCCUUCUAACCAAAGCUUGCGUUGUGACCCUCGCUCACACCCUUCGCACAGACUCUUGCACACACGUUCACCUAUUUCAGACCGGAAAUCCUUCGUCGGCUGACAUUAUCUCUCAGCGCCUCAGACUUGCGCAUGUGGCAUUCCAAAGACGAGCCACAUCCAGCACAGGAAGCGUCUAG